CCCGCCUCUCCACAGCCUCUCCACAGCCUCUCCACAGUCUCUCGGUGCGGGGAGUGGGGCUGAAGCACCGGCUGGAGACGUGGACUCUGAGCGCCGCAAUCAGCAAAGCAGCACACACGACCACACAAGGGUCCUCCAGGAGCCGACGAGUCCAGACGAGGAGUGUCUGAUUGGGCCUAAACGUGGGACAAUGAGCAGAGAAGACACCAGAGGUCUGAGUGAAGAGCUGCCCGCGGAGACAGCCAUUUACCAAUCCAACUGCAAUCAGACACCAACACAGCCUUCUGAGGAACACUUGGCAAGCAGGCAGCAAAUGUGUCUUGAGUCUAUUGUUUUUUGUCUGUUUGUUUGUUUUUUAUGAAGAUGGGGUGUUAGCUCAAAAGACGGCAAACUUCAAUUACAUUUUUAUAUAUUUAAUUCUGUAAGCAACUUGAAGUUAAUUACAAUCUUUUUUUUUCUGUUCACUUACAGUCUGUCACUGAGAAAGAUGAUGUCAAAUUAGAAAACAGAGUGAAUAGUGUCUACAAGUAGUUGACAGAAAAACUACAGAACAGAUCCAGUCUAUAAUGGUGAAAAAACUAAAUAUUGUAUGAUACACCAAAAGAUUUGUCUGCAUCUCUGUAAUCACACUUUUAAAAAAAUACUUUUCUGAUGAAUUGCAAAAAUUGUUUCAUUAUUUUGUCACAUCGUCCAUCCUUAUAGAAGCAAUGACAUCCACAUACAGACUCAAGCAACAUGCAGACAAAGCAGAAGAGAACGCCUAACAUCUAGAUCUCUUCUAACUGACACAGCCUCUGUCUGGCACAGCACACAAGCCUCUCACAUGCAGACGCAAAAUGAAGUCUUACUGUUUUUGCCAAAUGCCUGUCCUCUCUGUGCUGAUUGAACAAAAUGAGUGGUGCUCUAUUGUUCUGAAGCUCCCUUCAAACACACUGUGAGUAAAACACAAUGAAAGCUGCCAGGCUGCACAGCCUCUCACCUGGAAGUUGUAAAGUCUGAAUGACCUUUGACUGCUGUAGAAGGUAUUUCAUGUAUAAUACUCUGAAUGUUUGUGGGGGCGUGGCCUGUGGCAGUCGACCCUGUAUUCACUGUUCAUGUGCAUGUGCAGCCCACUGCUCGGUUUAUUGAUUGUUCAGCUGUGAUGGAAUGAUGGGUGUGUUUAAGUGAUGGUGAAUCAAAAACAUUCUACUAGGAUGGGAUACAACAAAAAAGACAUACCAAACCUAUGUGCAGUAAACAUGAAGGCACUAUAUUGCUUCUGCAAUGUACAGUGUACUGUAUCAUGCAAAACUGUUCAAAUGAAUGAAACUAAAGCAACUUCAGUUUGUACACAUUUUAGACAGAGAGCUGUUCAACAUUUGACACCAGUGCACACAAAGGCUGAGAUCCUGAAGGAAACAUGCCCCUUCCUCUGGUGGCUUCCUGUUGCCAUGACAAUGGGAAGGGCCUGCUUCCUGCAUGUUUCCUUCAUAAGCAAAGCCCCCACACUGUGAAAGUUGCUCUGAACAAGCUCCACUCCUCCAGAGCACUCCAGACUCCGGGCUCCAGAUUCUCGCCACCAUGUGAAUGUGUCCCAUUGUUGUCCAUUCAUAUGAUGGAGUGUCCCUUCCAAGCAGCUGUGAGGACCUUUACCAACCCAAAGCGUGGCAUGGACGUGUCCCACUCGGCCACCCCUGGGCCAUCCCCCUGCCCUGGCAGGGAGGGGUCUAAUGGGGACGUGAUUCUGGCUGUUCUCCUGGUGACUGUGGCUGGAGUGGCUGUGCUCCUGUUGCUCUACAGACUACUGCAGCUGCGCCACAGGCUGAAGAUGGCAAGAGCGAGACAUGCACUGGAGUAUUACGGCUUUUACCACAGCGCCACCUACAGGCUCCCGCAUGUACCACUCUACGAGGAUGAGGCUAAAACAGGGACAAAAACCUGCCCUGGGCCUGGUCCAGCUCUAGUUCACACAGUGACACCACUGACCCCCCCUACAUUAGUGGUCACUUCCUUGCCCCCAGUGCCCCCUCCCCCUAUGACAUGUCCACCUCCUGAACAGGCCCCGCCUCUUUACCAAACCACUCCCUUUGAAGAGGCCACACCCCUCAUCAUCCCCCCACUUGUAGUCCCGUCCACGCCCUCCCUCCUUCUCCCACCUGUCAGGCAUGUCACGCCCCCAAGUCCUCACCUGUCCUGGGGGGCGUGUUCCGAUGUAGAAUUAUACUCCCGGAUUGGAGCAUAUCGAUCAUCCCGCCUCUCCAGUCUCUCCAGCCAAUCACGAGUCAUCCUGUUUGAACACUCAUCGCUCUGAACUUUUUUAUUGGUUCAAACAGCAGUGGGUCCAGUGGAUGACAUGAAAUUCCCACUUAGGAACAAUAAU